AUGAACUCGGUCGAGACUAUCAGAAACGGAAACGGCUUGUUGCCUGCUACGCACGACGUGCAAAAGAAGGAGGAGUCGCAUUGUCGAUCGCCGGUUGACAAGACUCCACCACCCUGCACGUUUGGCGAACCUAUCGAGGUCGACACGGACCCCGAGACGGAAUAUCGAGUGGUGGUUGUGGAAGGGGAUAGGAGGGUUGUGUUGGAGGUUGACGAAGACGGGGACGAGGACUUGGAAGGAAACGGCUACGAGGAGGAAGAAGAGCGCCCGGGUCACGCCCGGUCGGUGUACGCCAUGAGCACCUACCCUACCGUCCAACCGGCCCACCAGGUCGAAUAUCCAUUCGAGUAUGGGAUGGACGCCGCGACAAUAGACUCGUCCCGAACGCUUUACGCCGAAGAUGUCGAUUACAUAGAAGAAUAUGGACGAACAUACUGCGGCGACUACUACAUGCCGAUUGACGAAACCGAACAGACGCGGCAAUACGUGGUGCAUCAGGUGUUUCUGAAGCUAUUCGACCUUGAACUUACCACAGUGCCACUGGACAACCCACAGUACAUCCUGGACAUUGGGACGGGUAUUGGGGAGUGGGCGAUCGGCAUGGCGGAAAAGUACCCUCGCUGCGAAGUAUUUGGGACGGAUAUUGCGCCUAUCCAGCCGACGGACCAGGUGCCGCUCAACAUCGAAUUUCACAUUGAAAACGCCGAGGACGAAUGGAUAAGACCGAUGGAUGCAGUGGACUUGGUGCAUAUUCGGAGCAUGGACGGGUGUUUUACGGACUGGUCGUUUAUCUACAGUCAGGCGUUCAUGUGCAUCAAGCCCGGGGGGUGGAUCGAGGUGAUUGACUGGGACGAUUUGUUCUCGGAUGAUAACUAUUUGUCCUUCUUUCCCGAAGGGUCAGCGGCGCAUAUUCUCACCAAGGCAUCCAUCGAAGCGGCGGAACGGGCUGGACGACCUAGGGGGGUGCAUAUGAAUAAGGACUUGUUGAUUCAAGCAGGGUUUGUCGACAUCAAGGAGCAGGUUUACGACCUCGGUAUUGGGUCGAGGGAAAACGCCAGCUAUGGAAAGUUUUGGCUGUUUUCCAUUGUGACGGGUAUCGAGGCUCAGUGUUUGAGGUUGCUGACCAAGUAUCUGGACAUGGAUGAGAAGUAUGUCAGGGGUCUGUGCGAUACCGUUUCGAAGGAGACGAAGGCGAUUGCGGAUGAUCCGGACAGGUUGAGUUCGUUUGUGGUCAAGUUGCGUGUCAUGGUGGGAAGGAAACCGCUGGUGCCUGGGCAGUGGACGGCGAAGGGGCUGGCGGAGAAUGGGGAACUGAAUGAUUAUAGCGGGGAUGAGAGCACGAUUGGGGGUAGGUCGGUACGGACAAUGCAAAGGUUAUCGGACGAACCAAUGGGGUGA